AUGACAAGUGAAUGGAAAAAAGGAAAAAAAGAAGGUAAAAACACAAGGGAGCUCGAAUCAAAUACCAGUCUUUCUCGUACUGCAUCGACUCAAUCGAACUCUUUCGCCUCUGAAGAAGCGCGAAGGGACGCAAUCCUCCGCCACCGCGCGCCGGAAAAUUCUCCUUCGUCUGCAUCGCUGAACUUCACUUCCACCAUUUCGCCUACGGGCGCAUCAUCCAGACCAGCGUCCUCGGGCUGCUGGAGGAGCGAGACGCGGAGCGCGUUUCCACGAGAUGGAGAGGCGUGCGGGUGGGGCGGCGACGCUGCGGGUCCCGAUAGGGUAAACCCUCGGCGCCUCUGCGUCCAAGGAGUGCGGUACGAUGGAGGGCGAGCUAAGAUCGCCGGAAUCUGA